CUUCGCGUCACUCGUCCCUCGACCUUCUUUCCUCGAUCCUCUAAAUCCUCAUAUCUGGGUUCAAGAUUUCACCAUAAUUGCAAGAUUCUUCAAGGAUUGAUUUCAGAUUCCUUCCUCAGGAUUGUUGGUGUGUGAAUUCAUUUCAGAGACUUACGAAUUCUGUCGUUUAUCAAGUAUCAUAGAGGAUUAAGUUGAUAGGGUUGUAACGGAGGCUUUGCUUAUUACUUUGUUGCUGCAAAUGUUAGUAUAUUCUGGAAGUUGCAGUCUCUGAGGUAUAAGAGCAAUUUAAGCCAAUUGCUAUGUAUAAUCAGGGGAAUUAUCAGCAGUUUGGGCAGCGUUUUCCAGCUCUCCCUUCACCUCCCCUUCCCCCAUUCCAACAAGGACCCCCAGCUUCCCAACAUCCUGUAACUCAACAGGGUCAUCCAUCUAUUCCACCUCAUGCUGGACAAGCAGCCCCCCCUCCAUAUGCCCAUGCCUCUUCUGCUUCGAUGCAGCUAGGUCCACCUGUUUCGGUUCCUCCAAGUGGAAUGUUGAGCUCAAGUCAGUCUUACUUGAUUCCGCCUCCUCUGCCCCCAACUCAUGCGCGUGUAAGCACCUCAACACCACAUUCCUACUCAGCUGCCCCACAGAAUUCCAACUGGAAUCAAAAUCAACACAUUUCUCCACCAAUUCCUCCUCCUGGUCAUCAUCUAACUCCAAGAAUACCACCACCACAUCCACAAGGACAGCAUUUUUAUAGAGUCCCAGCUCCUCCAUUACUGCCUGGGGGAAUACGGGGUAUUCAACAGCUCCCACCACUACUACCUCCUCCACCCGCUUCAAGUUACUUUACACCCGCUCCUUUUGGAUCAUUUGUACAGCCAGCCCAUGAAUCUUCUUUGGGUCACCUACCACCACCACCACCACCACCACCGCCGCCGCCGCCUCCACCAUCAUCUCCUCCUCCUGGACCUCCACCUCUGCCUCCUUCUUCCCCCCCUCCCAGUUCUCCCCUUUGUACGUCUUCCAAAUCUCUCACUACAGCUGCUGAACUUGGUCCAACUUCUAGAAAGCCUUCUGGUGUUGACAUGGUGGCUUCUGGUAUAAUUGAUAGAUCCAAUUGUGAUGGUCAUAGAGGUAAUGAGACCCUCAGACAUGAUAACAGUAUAAAACGCACAGCUCCUAAUGAUUCUGCUACGAGUGUGAAAGGUAUGUCGGAUAUUCCUCUACCUCCACCCAGGCCUAGAGACGAGAAAAUUGUUCGGAAGAUUGAAGUUCUAUGCCAGUAUAUUGCUAAGAACGGUCACAAAUUUGAAGACAUGACCCGCCAAAAGGAGGUUGAUAAUCCGGAGUUUGAAUUUUUGUUUGGAGGAGCACCAGGAAGUGAAGCUGCUAUUUCACAUGAGUAUUUUAAAUGGAUGAAAAAGAAUUGUAGUUCAAGUGAAUUGCUUGAAGGGAGGCAUAAUAGGAAUAUAUCUUUAGAACCUUCAGGAGUUGGCUCUUCUGUGCAACCUGAUGGCUCAAUGCAUGCAGGCAAAUCUCAUUCCCCUGCCGGUUCCGACAUGGAUAUGGAAGAUGAUAUCACACAGCCUGAGGAGCCAGGUUUUGGUAAAUCAUUUGGGAGUGCAAAAAGUGAACCAACUUUUAUAUCCAAUAAAGUUGAUAUAACAGUGGAAGAACAUGAUGAACAUGCAUGCGAUUUGGCACAUAUAACACCCAAGGAUGCAACAGAUGGAAAUUUAUCCUGCCCAGGCUCUUCAGGAGUGAUUGAACAAGGGGCCAAUCUAUCUCAGGACGAUAUGCAGUUUGAAAAGUCAUCAAUGAAGGUUGGUGUUUCUGAUUCUGAAUGGCCUUUAGACAGCAAAGCAGAGCAACACAACAUAACUUUAUAUCAAGAGAUGAACCAAUCAGGUGCAUCUGAUGCAGCAGAAGUCAGGUCCUCGGAGGUUCCUGGUGAUCUCAUCAGAGGCACUAGCCCCUUUAGACUUAUACAAGGCUAUGCUUCUGAUGAUAGUUCCGAAAAUGAUAGUGAACCACAUCUUGAAAAUUUAAGUCCUGGAGCAGUACAAAUCAAAGAAGGUACUACAGGCUUGGAUGCUUUGCAGACAGUUAUAGAAUCCAAGGAUCCUUCAGAAAUUGACAAGGGAUUGAGGUCAUUGGAAGGUUCUUUGAAUACAGCAUUUGAAUUUCCUGAACCUUCCACAAGGACAGAAGAUUUGGAGGGAAAAACUGGCUCAUACAUUGUGAGGGAGCAGGUUGAACAGGAUGGUAAUGACAACUCCAGUGAAGCAUUUGUUGAUGGUGGCACAUCUAUAAUAGAUUUCAAACAAAAGGAUCGCUUGAUAGAUGAUACUGUUGGUUCUAAAAAUGGUGGGACUCAGAAGGAAGAUAGGAAUGCUAAGUUAGAAGUUGAUGAGUUUGGGAGAAUGGUCAAGGCAGGUGCUAGUGACAGUGACUCUGAUGACUAUACCAGGAGGCGUGGUAAAAGAGGCAGAAGUAAGAGUAGAAGUCGAUCUCCUGUUGGAAGGAGGAGAAGGAGUCCAUGGAGGAGAAGGGAGAAUCGCAGUCGGUCUCGAAGCUGGUCCCCCAAGAAAAGAAGCAGGAGCAGGUCUCCUUAUAGGUAUGGGGGAGGGGCCGGUGGCGACUGGACCAGAAGGAAUAGAAGUCACCUACCAGUUUGUUUUGAUUUUCGUCGAGGCAAGUGCUUCCGUGGGGAGUCAUGUAGGUACCUUCAUGACUCUGAAAAGAGUGAGGAAUCCAGGCAUCACAAGAACAAGCAGCAGUACCAAGAGGUGCCAGAUAGAUUAAAAAGCUAUGGUAAAUUAGUACCUGAGAAAGAUGAGGUCGAUGGCCAAGAGAUUUUGCUCUAUCAGGAUGUUGAUAAAGGUAGCGAGAGGGUCAAGGAAGGGUUUGUGGAGCCUGCAAGUCACUCCGCGGAGGUUGUAAGUCCUCAUGAAACCUUGGAUGUUGAUAAGCUGGUUGGUAAUGUCCCUGCUGCUGUUCCAACUGAUGUGGAUGGGGAAAGGUUGCUUGGCAUUGGGAAUCUGCAGUCACAAGCCAAUCCUUCUGGUCCAUUGCUUCAAAAUUCCAAUGACCAACUUCAGCCAAAUACUGAACACCCUGCAACUGAUCAAAGAUCGGCCAUCCCAGGCCAACUUUCAAUCAGUGCACGUCCUUCAAACCAAGUAUCUCCAGCCGAAGCACAACUGCUCCUUCCCCCACUUUCACAAGGUACACAUGCCUCAAGUCCUUCACAGCUUCCCAGAGAAUACAACGUCAAGCCAACAUCAAAUUAUUCUUCACAUUCUGCUUCUGCAGAAAUAUAUCCUCCGUAUCAAGCCCUGUUGUCUUCUGAACUUCCUGAGUUAUCUGCUCCACCUGCUUCCUCCUGGAACCCUUUGCCACCACCACCGCCACGCCCCCAACUCGGUGGUCCCUUGUCGCAGUAUCAGCAGACUCAGCUGCCACCUCGUAUGAACUAUCCUUUUCAGGGAUUUGUCAGACCCUGUCCACCUGAAAUGCCCACUCAUUCGCUGGUUGGUGAGUCUCAUCUGGGAACAUACCCUCCUGCACUGGAGUCUCAACGACCUCUGUCACACACCGAAGAUUUUAGACCAAGAACAUUCCCUAUGAACUACCCAAUCCCCCAACAACCGGGAGGUCCCAGGAAUUUUGGUGAAGAGAACUUUCCACGGAUUCCAUCACCAAAUUUAGUUUCUUCCAAUUCCAACUCACAGGGUGAUGCUCAUCCUCACUCUCUUCGCUUUUCUAGGGAACCAGGUGAGAGCGUGCCUCCAGGGGGGAUUCGUGUUCCAUCUUCUGAAGGUCAAGCUUAUAUGUCUAGAUACAGCUUGCCAAACCCUGUGGCUGAUAGCAUUUCUAUGCUGGGGGAGCCAGGGAAGAUUAAUCUGAGAUAUCCUACUGAUUUUCCUGCUGGGGGUCAGGUCUCUGGCAUGUCUGAUUUUGGACGAUCUAGAAUCUCAAGCCACUACAAUCCUUAUGCAUCUACCUUCGAUCAGCCACUGAGUACCAAGUUUAGUUCGGGUGCUUUUAGUCGAGACAACAGUAGCAAUUAUGGUGCUUUCAUCGGUCAGAAUCACAUACCUGAUGAAGGGAAAGGUGUUGGCAGUAUCAGCUCAAGGAAUAUGAAUAUCUCACCCACUUCUAUGCAUUAUUUUGCACGUAGUAUUCCUAGGUCUGGAGGUGACCAAUAUGAUCCACUCUUCGACAGCAUUGAGCCAUCUUUAAACUCAUUCAGAAAAAGUGAUCAUGGUAAUAAGAUUGAAGGAACGGACAUCCCUGACAUGUUGAGGCUCCGCGGCUCAAAUAAGCUUUUGGAUCUGGAAGAGAACAGCAAACACAAAGAGGUUGCUGUUGCUGCAAGUACAUCUGUGGAAAAUGACGAAUUUGGUGAGACAGCAGAUGCGGAAGUGGGUGCUGUGGAAAAUGACAGUCCUAUCUCUCCGAUUGAUUUACCAGAUGUGGCACCAGGAGAGAUUGAGAUCGAUCAAGUGAAGAAUCCAGGGAAAACUAAAAAGAGCAAAGAUUCUAGAUCGAUGAAACUUUUUAAAGUCGCUCUUGCUGAUUUUGUGAAGGAAGUCCUAAAGCCAUCAUGGCGACAGGGGAAUAUGAGCAAAGAGGCCUUUAAGACCAUUGUUAAGAAGACUGUCGAUAAAGUAUCGGGAGCUAUGAAGAAACACCAGCUACCCAAGUCACAGGCAAAGAUCAAUCAAUAUAUCGAUUCCUCUCAAAGAAAGCUAACAAAGCUUGUAAUGGGCUAUGUUGACAAGUAUGUGAAGGUUUAGUAAUAUAUUUGAUUGCAGUUGUAACGUUGGGAUGUGUAUGAAUUUGAGCAUGUAAUCUCUUGCUAUGUUGAACUAUGGGAAUCAAUCAAUGCUUGCCAUUUACUUCCAAAUCACAAUGAAUAUAUCUGAUGGCUGAUUAUGAAAUAAGUUCAGACCUCAGCAGAGUUGUAAGGGAUUCUCCAGAACAUGUAUGUAGUACAUUAUCUUUUCAAAUUUGGCUAGUUUCUUGUGCUGUUUAAUAGAUGCUCUCUCUAUUUUUUUUCCUAUUUGUAUUGUUGUUGCUACUCAUAUCUAACUUUCAAUGUUUAGAGUAUCUGUUUUUCUCUGUUUUCACACUUUGCAAGGGUCUUAAAGGAAUCAGCCGCUCUACUCUUUAGGGUAGAGGUCAGGUCUGCAUAAAUCUUAACCCCCCUGGACCUCACCUCCAGGACCAUUUAUUGCCUAAUGCCUACAAUGCAUCUGAAAGCCGAGGAUAAUGUUAUAUACCUUUGGUGUAGGUUUUGGUCCCUGUGCAUUAGAGCUUUGUCAAUCACAGCCUAUGAACAUAAGGCCAUUCCCUAGUUGAACUAGCUGUAUUACUGAAAAGAAGAUGCUUCAACUUGAAGAAUUUGUUCCUUUUGGAUGUAUGAAUCAAGGUUUAUCAUUUGGAUCUUUGCUUUUGAAUCUCAUGUUUGUGUCACAUUUGUAGCAACUCAGUGAGUCACCGUGUGGUCUCAUAGUAUGUAAAGUGUACAAAUCCGAAGCAUAUGAAAUAGUAGCGGUUUUAGAUCGUUUUUCUCAAAGGCAAGAUGCUAUGAUGUAUAUGAUAUUUGAAGGUGAUAGGUAAUGUAUACUUGGUUAUGAAUUUUGUUUAAAAGU